GCGGAGUACAUGGCGCUGCUCACCUCUCGUGUGCGAGAAAGAACUAAGAGGGGUAGCUAUGCCGCCCUAGCUCCCCUUGAGAUAGGCGCAGUUGACCGCUGCGUGAGGGCUCUACCUUUGCGGGUUUGUUCUCCCCAUUGCUGGUUGCGUAUUGUGUACUCCACAGGACGCCAAAGUGCGAGAGAGGAGAGGGAAGAAUUCUACGGAUCAGACUGUCCAUAACGACGAGAGAGGAAAGGGGCAGUGUGCAGUGGGUGGAAGAGCAGGCGGUGGUGUGUUUCUUUGUCGGGUCAGUUCGUUGGGUAGCGGCGGGGCUGGGUUGUUGGCGCUACGGAGAAAGUAGUGGCGGUCAAUCGUUUCUUUGGCUAUGGCUGACGGGGGCGAUCAGGAAGGCUGCGGUGUCGGCGUUCACGCAAGCGAUGAAGAUGGUAGGGAGGUGGAAGGAGGGGAACUGCUUUUCUGUGGGAGUACGGAUGCGGGACUGUGGAUGAAGAAGUGCGAGUCCCUGGGCGAGGAUCGCGCAACAGGAUUCCCGUUCAUUCUGGGACCUGCGAGGCUGGCGGGCAUGAAGGGCAUUAAGGUCGUCCACGUGGCAGCAGGUUGUGCGUCCUCGCAUUGCGUGGCCGCGGACGCUGGUGGUCGGUGCUUCGCCUGGGGCCAUAACGACAACGGGCAGCUGGGGCUGGGAGACGUUUCGCCGCGCGACGUGCCCGUGCAGGUCUCCUCUCUGUCGAUGGUAAGGGUCAUAAAGGCGGCGGUGGGGCGUCAUCACACGGUGGUUGUGAGCGCUGACGGGUCCUCCUACAGUUUUGGUCAGAAUAAGUUCGGCCAGCUCGGGACGGGUUCUGCAGGGGGCCAGAUGGAAACGAAGCCCGUGAAGUCGCGCGUUCAAGCCGCUUUUGAUGUCGCGUGCGGCGCGGAGUUUACUCUCUGGCUUACGAAUGUAGGUCUUCUGUCUGCCGGUCUUUCCCAAUAUGGGCAAUUGGGGGACGGCAAGGAUCGCGAGGACAGCGAUAACGCGUGUGGAGCAGUCAGUCUGAUCUGCGAACCGCAGCCUAUGCCAAGUGUCAUCUCCUCAUUCGUGGGGAAGAGAAUAACCAAGGCGGCGUGCGGGAUCAACCAUAGCGUGGCGGUAGACUCUGAAGGGUAUGUUUACACGUGGGGAUUUGGCGGCGAUGGGAGAUUAGGACAUGGAGAGCAAAAGGACGAGUGGGCGCCGAGGAUGUUGGACGCGUUUACGGGAGCCAAUCGGGUGCCAAGCAACGCUUUGCUGGGAGCGGGAGGUGCUUUCUCCGUUGUUUCGGCAGCGGGAGGUGAGCUUUACAUCUGGGGAAGAGUGAAAACGGAAGCGGGAGAUAGCGUACUUUUUCAUCCUAAUAGAGUACUUGUCAACGGAUGGACGAUCCAUAGCUUAGGGUGCGGAUCUACGACAACUCUCGCGGCGGCAGAGUCGUGUUGCAUAAGCUGGGGGGCGGGCCACUGCGGAGAGCUCGGCUAUGGCGCUAACGAACCCAGGUCGUCGGCGGUGCCGAGGAAGAUAGAGUCGUUGGAGGGAUUGCAUAUUCACAGAGUGGCGGCAGGGCAAUCGCAUUCUCUCUUCAUCGUCGACGUGGAGGGUGAUGCGCGGGAGAAGCUGGAGAAGCUUCCUGUCUUGGAAUCCAAAGUGACCAAGGACUGUUUGCAGGGGUUACCAGAGGUAAUUGAAGAGUACUUGGAAAAUGGCUUCACCAGGAGCACAGCAUUCAAUCGGCGAGGCACACUACUGGCAGCUGGGCGUCAAGAUGGGACCAUUGCAAUAUGGAACUUUGACACAAGGGCUGUCAUGAAGGAGCUGUCUUCCGAAUCGUCGAGUUCACCAAUCAUCAGUGUCAGCUGGUCAAAACGAGGAUGGAAACUUCUUUCGGCCUCUAUCGACAAAAGAAUUUUGCUGUGGGAUGUCCUCACUGGUAAUGUCGAGGCAUCUGUAGAAUUUGAUCGGAUGGUUUUGACGGCCAGAAUGCAUCCCUCUAUAAACAAUUUGUGUCUUGUAUGCUUUGUGUACGGAGCACCUCUGCUUGUUGAUAUUGGUAGCGGUGAAAAGCUGCCCGUGCCUGUGUAUUCGCCUCCCCCCUAUCAUCGUGGUAUUGGAUCACCACUGGACAGGGGUGUCACAAGCGUGAGAAGAGGGGGCAGCUGUGGGUUUACACCUGCCCCUCCCAGCUCUAAUGGAGAAGGCGGCAUCGAUAUGCCAUCAACUGCUUGUUUUAACAAGAGGGGAGAUGUGGUUUACGUCGGCAAUUCCAGAGGCCAGCUUUUGAUUGUGGAGAUGGAGACGUGCCAUGUCCUCGAUGUAAUUCAGGUCACUAGUGGUACACCGAUUCGGCAACUGGCUUUCAGCCGGAGUGGAAAGUAUCUUCUGACAAACUCGAAUGAUCGUGUUCUGAGAGUCUUUGAGAACUUGCUGCCCAAGGAAGGUGCUGCUGAAGCGGCGAAAAAAAUCAUGGAAGGCAGGAGAUUGGUUUCUGCAGAUGAACAGGGAGGCGCCAUGACGUCAUCCCAUGACUGGAACUCAAUGCAGGGCUCAGGACGUGGAGGUGGGAGUGUAAUAGGGACACCUUGUGAAGAACUGAUUGGAGGAGGCAGUAAGCGGCGCUGCUCAGAACUGCUAGUCUUUGUGCGAGGUUAUCAGGAUGCUGUGAAUAGGUACCAAUGGAAGGCAGCAUGCUUCAGUGGGAAUGAAGAGUACAUCAUAGCUGCCUCCUCACAGAAGACAGAGCAUAAGGCAUACAUUUGGCAUCGCAAGGAAGGGACGCUGAAAUCUACUCUAGAAGGGCCUAAAGAGGGUGUUGUUGAUCUGGUUUGCCAUCCGGUUCGUCUUAUAAUUGCUUCUGUGGCGAGUUCAGGUUUAGUCUACAUUUGGGCACAAGAAUACACAGAAAAAUGGGCGGCGUUCGCCCCGGACUUCGAGGAACUAUCGAUGAAUGAAGAGUACUUGGAGAGGGAGGAUGAGUUUGACAAGCCACUCCCUGACAGCAUGGGAGUCUCAGGUAAUGAAGUGGAGCAAGAUGAGGACGAAGAUGUGGACGUUAUGACCGUGGAACGACUGUCUGUGUAUAGCGACUCUGAUGACUCCCGCGAUUGCCUAUACUAUUUACCGACAGUUCCUAUUCCAGAUCGUCCCCCGGAUGAAGUCCAAGCGCAAAGUGGAAGAAGGAAAGACUUGGCUCAGAGCCAUGAUGGCAGUGCGGCCGCUGAGGGUGAAGGCGAGGCAAACCACGCCGAAGAUGGUGACAACGAGGACGCUGCAGCAGAAAAGGGGGGGUCUGAUGAACAGUCUGCUCCUCGAAGUGCGAAUGGGAAAGGUGGAGAGCUCAAUAGAGCUGCAGGGGAAUCAAUACAAGAGGACGUAGUGCAGAUUGGUCCUAAUGGCAGGCCAGUUCGGAAGAGGAAAUUGACGGAGAGGUCUGUUCAGGUUCAGGAACUACUUGAGAAGCGGCGAUCUUUGGGAAAGUCGAAGAAGAAGCCAGGAGGAAGUGCAGGGAAAACUGAUGUCAAAACACCCUCUGUAAAGGGUGAGGCAACGACUUCACCCAUCGCAGCUGCAGCAGGGCAACCUCCUACUGUGGCAUCUUGUGGGGAGCCUUGCAGCAAAGUAGGCUCCCCAAGGACAGUGCUUGCGAGAGAGGCAUGCACCUCCGAGAAGGCUCUGAGCGAGGCAGUAGGGACUUUGCGUCGAGGCCAAGGUGGUGGGGACUCAGGAACCUCUUUGUUCUGGGUGGGUGGCGAUGCGGUGCGCUCCCAGAAGUUGGUUGGAUCCGAAGGUGAGGAGGCAGCUCAGAAAGCUGGGGAAGGUGAUAGGGCAAGAAAAGCCAGAACUCCGAGCAGUGGCAAGGGGUGGAGAAACUCAGCGAUGGGACAUCCUGUUAGUAGCGGAAUGUUCCAUGCUCAGGAGCCACAAUUGGGCAGCCUCCCCGAGACAUCAACGGGUGCUGUUGCCAGCACUGUGAUCAAUGACAAGGAUCCUCUUUUGGGUACGAGGAAGAAGAAACCAGGCUCAUCUCGAGUUGCUCCUGGGACAUUAGGAACAGAAGGCAGGGAUUGGAAUGCUGCGGGAUCAGGGGUGACAGUCAUUGAGCAAACGACACGUACUGCUGGAAAUGACAGGGUACUGGAUAACGGGAAUCCUCGGAAGGGUCCAUCUCGAAAGAUGGGAGUGACUGGUGUAUCUGGCCGAUCGGCUGGGGAAGCCAAGAAAACAGGCAGUACGCGCAAGAAAGCUGAUAUAUCUCAAGUUCAUCAUGCUGGUCUUGAAGGACAGCCAGUGGGUGCAGAUCCAGGCCACAUGUUGCAACAGAGUGUGGGCAAAGCAGAGUCACGAAUGAGUGUGAAAAGGCCUGUCUGGAGAGUUGAAGCUGUCCCGGGAACGCCAAAUAGAACAAAGAUGCGGGGCGAUGAGCUGACACCAACUCGUGUUGUUGGCAGGGGCCCUCGGUUGGGCACAGCCGCUGUGAGACCCGCUGUUGGGCAAACGUGGAGAGUUGGAACUACAGAUACAGCUGCGGUUAGAGGUGAGCCAUCCUCCAAGGCAACACAGAGCAUCAAGUGUUCAGGAAUGGAACAGAAAAAGGGCGGUAUGAAGGGAAUGAUGUCUGCUAAGUCAUUGGGUGCAAGACCUGCUAUGCUUAGAAAAGGAUGCCAGCCAGUAGGAGACAGUGGCGUCCCAAAGGGAAUAGUGAUCAGGGCAGAAUCCCGGAGAGGCAAGGCAGAAGCUGUUGGCCCAUCACAACCUGAAAAGGGACGGGCUGCUCUUGGCAAAGGGAAGAAGGGCAUCGUGAAUGAGAGGAACAAUGCCCGAGUGAAGGUCAGCCAGCCCCGAAAGAAGGUAGCACCUUCGGGGGAGUGCUGUGGAUUAGAGAGUGCAGACCUCCUCAUGCCUGGGCGAUCACCCGUUGGAACGGAGGGGCCGGCAGAAGCCACGUUUGGGAGGCCGAUGUUUCAUGUUGUGAAGCCUCCCACGAAGCAGCCAAGGGAAAAGGAGUGUGUGAGGUUUUAUAGCAUGACAACGAGCCCAUCUGACAGAUCCAAAGCGGAGGUGUCAGGCACUUCCACCCUUGUGGAAGUGGGCCCCAUGUUGAGAAGAGUUUUGCCGGGUGAGUGUCCAAACUGGAGGGAUGAAGAAAGUGUAACAAAUCCUCCAUUGACGACCGGGAUGACGCGGGUGGGAGUGGUUCGGAGCUGCGGUGGUCCUAUCCAGGAGAGGAGGGUUGGAGUAAUCAUGCGGGAUUUCAGAAUGGAUGCUGAACGGCGCAUAGGACUUGCUCCUGGGGUCCAAGCUUGCAGAUCUCAGAUUAAUGGCAAGUGGGGGGUCCUGUAUCAUUGGCCCAGAGCUCAGCUUUCACGACCUAACACAGACAAGGAAAGUGAGGCCGAGAUGAUGUGGCAUGGGAAACAAGAUGGAUACCAUUCUGUCCUGGAGAACAUGAACCAGCGGGGAAGCUCACGGCCUGACCCUUGGGGGCAGGAAGUCCGUUCGGUCCAUGUUCAGUGUCCUUGGAUGACUCAGCAGCGUAAAGAAUGGAUGCACUGUCAGGAGGGGAUCUUAAAGGAGAAUGGUGCCACUGAUCCUAUACGGGAGUGUAGCAGUGGGAAGAGAUCAGCAGAGAGACGGUGCUUUCCAGAGAGGCUGCCAAGGAAGCGAGCCAAGGGUUCUCUGCCCGCUGCUAAUCCACGUGGCGAUGAUAUUUAGUUUUGGAGACCUUUUCGUGCGUGAAACACAAUAAACAAGUUUGUGGGGUAGAGGAGAAUGUGCCCCAUUGUAUUCUUUCGAUCAGACGCGUACUUGCGCUGCAAAAGCAAAAUUGUGCUUUGCAGUGCGCAUGUUUCCGAGAAGGUAAUUUUUUUGAAUUUGUUGCCUUUCACUGGCCAAUAAUUAAACCGCCAUGACCGCCGUACCUCCGCUCGCCCAAACCUAUUUAUCGUUUCCAAGGAAGCAGCGUGAUCUAGCCUCGGACCUUUUUCUAUGUUUGGGGGAAACAGAAAUCCCUUAGCCGGGUGUUGUUUAGGUGGGCAAUCUAUACGAUUCUAUAGUGAUUUGAGUCACAAAGCUGUGGGGGGACACGGUUUUGAGAAGGACACAUAGGAGAGCUGAUCCUUCUACUGAAGGACCCUGUGGCCUAUCGGCGGCCGUGGCCACUCCGUUUGCACCGGAAAAGCAGGCGCCUGCCUGGCAGAGGUGCUGGUGGGUCAACUGCUCAUCCCCCUCUGAGUCUGACCCCCCGUUUUCCUGCGUAAGGAUGACGGUGGCUGUUUUAAGGUCUUUCUAUCAGCCUGACCUGCAUCGGAACCUUCUUGCGUGCAGGCAAAGUGUAAUAUUGCUGCACCUG